AGAUGUGCCCUUUUUGGCCCGUUUAUUGUGGCAUCAUCACCUGCUGUAUGCCUUGCCUCCCCUCCAUCUCGAGUUGCCGAUCCGCCUCGAACCUCUACUCGGAUCUCCCUCAUGGGUCGACAGAUCCGACCGAUUUCAUUCGGCUCCAGACACUGUGUAUCAUUUGCUCCAUAAGCUAUUUCUCAAGCUUUCAGAGGCACGUACAAAGUCGCCUCACCUGCAGAGCGCAUAACCUCUGA